AUGGGCGACAGUAUGGCAGCCCAGGUGAAGAGUGAUAGCAACGAGUUGACAAGAGACCAGCUCGAGACUUUGCUCGUCCCUGUCCCCGACGCUCUCGACGUCCUCACUGCUUCCGCUCAGGACCUGUCACGACACAUCACCAGUGCGCAUCUGGAUGAAGCCACAAAGAGCGCAAUACUCGAGCAGAGCUAUCUGCGCGCUUCGUCGAAUGGUUCAGCUGAUCUGCUCGAAUGGCUGCUCAAGCAAGAUGUAGAUCCAGACGCAAAGGACGAAGACAGAACACCUGCCAUCAUACUCGCUGCUUCCUUCGCCCAUCUCGACUGCGUCAGGUUGAUCGUCGAGGCUGCACAUGCUCGUCGACAUUAUUCCAAGCCAGGCCUCGGCAUCAACGUGACCGACCGUGCAGGCUGGACAGCGCUGCACUGGGCAGUCAGUCAGAACAAUGUCACCCUCGCCAGCUUCUUGCUCAACCACGGCGCUCGGAUCGACAUGCGUUCGAACAAAGGCCUCACGCUCAAGAAGCUCCUCAGAGCCGGCCCAAAGGGCGACGAUAUGCGUCGCGUGCUCCAAUCUGCCCAAGCUGCCCGACUGGAACGCAUCAAUCCAAAGCUGGCAAAUGGCGCUCAGGCUGACGUGUCUCAUGAUGCAGGUGAGAUGUCUGCCAUCAUCUCGGAAGACAAUGAGGCCGUACAAAGACAACGGGACAUCAUAGCCGAGACCUGUCGAUGUCUGGGCAUCAGCCCUGCUCAGCUGCAAUCCGAACCUCAACCAGAAGCCAUGCCGCCAGACGAGUCGUUCGAUUGGGAGCUCUGUCUGCCCGAUCAGAUGCUCGUCUUUGGCAUGCAAGAUCUUCCGACCAUCUUGCGAGUGGCCAUUGCAGACAUCUCCCCCACCGCAUCAGCACGAGAUCGGAUUAUACCCGCCAGCGUCAUCUUCUUUUGCGCUCGUUACGCUUGUCAUUACGAUACCAUAGACUUGCUCGACGAGCUUCUUCUGGGUUCCAUCGAGACCAUUGAGGCAGCCCUCUUUUCCGACCCAUCCAACAUGGCCAAUUGUGCUUUCUGGCUUCUCAACUCCCUCGUCUUGCUGCACGCGCUCAAGACGGAUCCCAACCUCGCCAUGGCCACACCAGAAUACCAACUCAACCUAUCUGACCUGAUCAAUCAGAUCUUUGUCUUUGUCAUCCGCGACUGCGAGCAACGCAUCGACAAGAUUCUCGAUGCUGCUAUGCUCGACUAUGAGCCUGUCACGGGGUUCGAAGAUGUUCGUUUCGAGGGUGAAUGGCGCUUCGUCAAGGCGCUUACCGACAGCGCCCGCAAGCGAAACGUCACGCCCGGCAAACGAACGGUCAUGAGUCUCUUCAAUACGACUCCUCAGCAGGCUCAUGACGAGACUGUCGAUGUAUUCGGAACCAAGCUCUCCCCUUCGGCCCGCUCCUUCUCGAACUUCAACGCGAUCGGAGAUGCGACCUCGCCUGCGCGUGUCAUCGCCAUCCUAUCGUCGACUCUCGUUGUUAUGCAGACUUACCACAUUCAUCCUUCGAUUGUCUGUCAGACUUUCGCUCAAGUCUUCUACUGGCUCGCUUGCGAAUUAUCAAAUCGUAUACUCGCAAAGAGAAAGUACCUCUGUCGAUCUAAAGCCGUCGGCAUAAGGUUGAACGUCUCCAGCGUAGAAGAAUGGGCAAGACUCAAUCGUCUGCCCCCUCAGCUCGUGCCCAAGACAUUUGCACCUCUCAAACAGCUGCUACAGUGGUUACAGUGUCUCUCGAGUGAGACAACGCUCGAAGGCCUCAGGACGACCAUCGCAGGCUUACCUGCUCUGAAUCCCAUCCAACUUCGCCAGUCUCUGCGCGAUUAUCGCUACGAAGUAGACGAGGGUCACAUGUCACAAGACUGUUUGCGUCAGCUGGCAGUCCAUCAUGCCGAAUGGGAGGGCAAACAGCUCGGCAAGCUGAAUGCUCAGACUUCGCCCUCUGCGCCACCGAACAAGCCAAGGACGAGUAUCACGGCUUCGCCCGUCUCGCCGAACAUACGCCGAUCGUCCAGUCAAGCUAGCGUCAGAUUAGGCGACGAGGUCAAUCUAGACAGGCAGCGGCAUAUCGACCUCGUCUUCUCGCAUCCCAGUCGAUACCCAAGUUUCCUGCCCGCCCGGGGACCAGACAAUGUUCAUGCCGACAUGGACUCUCGGUUCAUGCUACCUUUUGCUCUGCCGUCCUCUGCGAACGAGCUCGUUGCAUUCGAUACUACGCCUGUCUUUGGUCCUCAGCUGUCUGCCGAGCAAGAAGCACAUCCUCACCGGACGGCCUGCGAGCCUGGAUUGCCCUCGGAGUUCCUGCAGAUGCUCGAUGCUGCUCGUGAGCAGGAUGCGCACGCUCUACUGACGCAAUCGCACACUGUUCGCUCAGCAGAUCCGCAAGUGCUUGCUUCCAUCGAAGACUGGAGGGCAAGAAUGGCUCAGGAAACACUGCCUGUUGAAGAUGAGGACAUCAGACAACUCUGA